AUGUGGACAUCUCCAGCUUCCGGGUCUUCGGGCCUUGCUUCCGGGGUCGCUGCCGCGCGGGGCGGAUCCAGUCCGCACAGCGAAGGCUUCGAAGACCGUCCGCGGAAGGCGGAAUCGCCUCGCUUUCAGUAUGCAUGCGUCGCGCGAGGCACCUACGUCCUCGCCGAAUACACGGCGAUCGAGGAGGGCGAGGAAGAAGUCCUGAGCGCCGUCUCCAGACGCGCGUUGCUCAAACUCCCGAAAACAGGCGGACGACGCAGCUACGUCUUCGACAACCGCCUGUUUAGCUUUUUCGUUGACGCGAAGAGCGCCGCCGUUUUCAUGUGCGUCACGGACGAGAACAUUCAAGCAGACAUCCCGCUGCAGUUCCUCACCGAUCUGCGCAGCCAGUAUCUCCACUUGCUCGACGCGUCCGCGGGCGCCAGCGGCGGCGCGCGCCCUGCCGAAGUUACGCGCGCGUUAAUUCGCCUUGUCGAUGAAUAUCGCCACGGGCGGGCGCGAGGGAGCCAGCAGGUGGAACGCGUCGAGAAGGAGCUAGAAGCAGUCACGGAGAUCGUUCGAGAAAACAUCAACAAGGUCCUCGAGCGAGGCGAACAGAUCGAGUGUCUGGUUGGGAAAACCAGCAAUCUACGGGACAGUGCCUACGGAUUUCGGAAGGCGUCUCGAGAGCUUCGACGGCACGUGUGGUGGUCCUCGACGAAACCGUACUUCAUCGUUUUUGGGAUGAUUGUAGUCCUCAUCAUCAUCCUCGCCUCCUUCUUUUGUGGCGGGCUUACCUUCCAAGCCUGCCUGCGUAUCACAUAA